AUGGAGAAAAACGGUACUGAAAGCAUGGCAUUGUCCAAACACGCUGUGUCCGUCGACCCCGAGCAGGGGCCGGAUAUGGAAGAUAUGAGAAAUGAGAAGAUGAAUGACCUCAGCCGAGAGAUGGCUAAACGCGGUACAGCCACCGAGCACGACAUGGGAUACUGGGAAGCAUUCGUCAUCUACCGCAAGGACAUCGAGAUUCUGGGCAACUUUUACGCCCUUCCGGCAUUCCAGAAGCGAUUCGGUGUAUAUUACGAGGGCUCCGGCUGGCAGAUCCCCGCUAAGUGGCAAGUCGCAAUGUCCAUGGGCUCUCUGGUCGGCCAGAUUUUGGGUGCCUAUUUGGUGACAUUUCCGAUGGAGCGGUUUGGGCGCAAGAAAACAUUUGCAGUAUCCCUCUGCUGCACGGCUGCAUUAACAUUCAUGCAGUUCUUUGCGCAGAGCAUCGAGGUGUUAACCGCGUCUCAGUACCUUUCCGGUAUUGUCUGGGGUACUUAUUGUGUCAUUUCCACAACCUAUGCAUCGGAGGUGCUUCCCCUUCGUCUACGCGGCUUCCUAACGGGCUACAUUAAUCUGUCCUAUGUAAUGGGCCAGUUCAUCCAGACCGGCGUGAUGCGGGGGUUCAUCUCGUGGACGAGCGAGUGGGCCUAUCGUAUCCCUUUCGCCAUCCAGUGGAAUCGCAUGGAAGACGCGCUCAAGUCCCUGCGUCGGCUCUCUAAGCCCCAUCCCAACAUCAAUCUCCAAGAAACCCUGGCAAUGAUGGUCAAGACCAACAUCCUUGAGGCUCAGUUAGAUAUCGGUACAACAUAUGCCGACUGCUGGAAGGGUGUGAAUCGUCGCCGCAUGGAAAUAUGCGUCAUGCUUUUUGUGAUCCAGAACUUCUCGGGAAAUCCUGUCGGGUUCGCAACGUACCUAUUCGAGCAAACCGGUCUCAACAGCAAACAGGCCUUCGACAUAGGCGUUGGCCUGAAUGGCGUAGGAUUUGUUGGCACUUUGAUGUCCGCCAUUCCUCUUAUCUACUUUGGCCGGCGCUCCUGCUACCUAUUUAGCAUCACCUCUAUUGUUUCGAUCCUCUUCAUUGUUGCACUCCUUUGCUUAGCACAUGACUACAUGACGCUUGGCCCAUUGACGUAUGUGGUUGUCUGCGAAACCCCCUCCACAAAAUUGCGGUCGAAGACCAUCGCCAUAGCGACUGCAAUCGACGCACUUACCGGACUAGUCACGACUGUCAUCGGGCCUUAUCUGCUUAAUCCCGGGGCUGCUGGUGCGGGAGCCAAGAUAGAGUUCCUUUACGGGGGGAUUUCUGUCUUCUCGCUAACUUGGUGUUACUUCAGGCUGCCUGAAACAAAAUCAAGGACUUACGAGGAGCUGGACCUGAUGUUUGAGAAAAGGGUGCCAGCGCGGAAAUUCAAGAAUUAUGUCAUUGAGGGUAUGGACGACUAG